AUGUCGCUUACACUCGAUACAGUUCGCGGCUACAACCCCCUCACCCCGCCCAACCUCCUCCAGCAUGAGAUCUCAUUGACCGACAAGUCGCGGCAAACGGUGCUGCAGGGCCGUGAUGAGGCCGUGGCAAUUGUGCAUGGCACCGAUACCGAGAAGAAGCGCCUGAUGGUGGUCAUCGGGCCCUGCUCGAUCCACGAUCCCGACAUGGCCUUGGAAUACUGUGAUCGGUUGAUGAAGAUGAAGGAGAAGUAUGCGGAUGACCUGCUCAUCGUGAUGCGCUCGUACCUUGAGAAGCCCCGCACCACGGUCGGCUGGAAGGGUCUGAUCAACGACCCCGAUAUCGACAACAGCUUCAAGAUCAACAAAGGUCUGCGCGUCUCUCGCCAGCUCUUCGUGGAUCUGACCAACAAGGGCAUGCCCAUUGCCAGCGAGAUGCUUGAUACUAUCUCCCCGCAGUUCUUCUCCGAUUGUUUGUCCGUCGGUGCGGUCGGUGCUCGCACCACCGAGUCACAGGUCCACCGUGAGCUGGCCUCGGGCCUCUCCUUCCCCGUCGGCUUCAAGAACGGCACCGACGGUUCGCUCGACGUUGCAGUCGACGCCAUUGGCGCUGUCAGGCAUCCCCACCACUUCCUGUCUGUCACUAAGCCCGGUGUUGCCUCUAUUGUCGGCACUAUCGGCAACCCUGACUGCUUUGUCAUUCUGCGAGGCGGCAAAAAGGGCACUAACUACGAUGCUGCCAGCAUCAAGGACGCAAAGGCCAAGCUGGAGGCUAAGGGCAUGGUCCCCCGUUUGAUGGUGGAUUGCAGCCACGGUAAUUCUGAAAAGAACCACAAGAACCAGCCCAAGGUUGCCGCUGUCCUGAGCGAGCAGAUCGCGGCUGGCGAGACCGCCAUUAUGGGUGUGAUGAUCGAGAGCAAUAUCAACGAGGGCAACCAGAAGGUCCCUGCUGAGGGCAAGGCCGGCCUCAAGUACGGCGUCAGCAUCACGGAUGCCUGCAUCAACUGGGAAGACACCGAGACCACGCUAGAGACCCUGGCUCAAGCUGUGCGCGCCCGGAGACAGAAACUGAGCGGCGCUAACUAA